UUGUCCUGUUCAUGGAGCCUAUUCCAGCACAAAAAGAGUGAAGACUGAGGGCGUGCUGCCUGUACUAGAGCCAUCCUAGUCUUUGCAUCAUCACAGCUAAACAAACCAAUGAUUCAACUGUCAGCAGGCUGCCGCGGCUUCAUGUCGAUAAUCACAUGCGCACAUUGAACUUUGGCCAUUUUGUUACCGAGCACAAUUACACAUGCUCCUUCUGCUGGUCUCCACCCCGCAUUCUCACCAUGUCCACCUCCGUGCAGAUGGAACCGGUCCUGGAAAGGAGGUACGGAGGAGUUGGACGCUGCAAGUGCUCCUUCUGGUUCGCGGUAGCCCACGACAUACUGGGCGCGCUCAUCAUGAUGGUGGGGGUCUUCGGAGGCCUGGUGAUCCACGACCUCUUCAUCUACGCCGGCGCCAUCGUCAUCUUCCUCAGCCUCAUCUGGUGGGUGUUCUGGUACUCCGGCAACAUCGACGUGUCGCCAGACGAGCUGGAGGACGACGUGGGGAUGUUGAAACCGAAAAGCAACAAAGGACUGAGACGGGUGGUGGGACAGGCGUCCAGCCGACUCUCCAGCGGGAUUCGGAACUCUUUUGGAAAGAAUGGCAGGUCAAGCCCCAAAAAGGGUUCAAACGGUGGGCAGCUGCAGAGCACUGACGUAUCACUCUUCACUAUUUACGAUGCGGACAUUGCCUCUUCGUCAAAACAACUUUUCAGAGAAACACUGUCCAUAUAAUGAACUAAAAUGAAGCGGCACUUGUCUUACAUGUAUUUACUCUGCUAUUGCAGUGCACACUUAGCUAAUGAUUAGACAAGGCUGGAGUUCUGUCUAUAGAUAAGUUCACAUGCUCUUAUCUAGGCUGGCUGAUUAGAUACACAUCGUGUACGAACGCUGCAAAGGAAAAUUAUGUCGAGAUUAUGGAGUGCAGUGUCAGUGCGCCAAUAAAAAUAAAAGUGCCCUAUGAAUCUUCCUCAGCAACUUUCAUCCAUCCAUUUCUACCGCUUGUCCCUUUCGGUUAUAAAGAAUAUUUCACUCUGGAAGAUGACAUCAUGGCAAUAUGCAACAGUGUCGUUAUCAAAGUUUUCAUUUUCAAUCAAUAUGUAUAGCAGUGGUUCUUAACCUGGGUUGGGUGGAGCCUUUGCCACAGAGGUAAAGACACAUCUGACUUAUCGUGUAAAUAAAAAAUGCUCCCGAUCAGCGUAUUAUGGAUUCCCCCAAACAAUGUCCCCUCUAAUUUUCCAUCUGAUUUGCAGGUUGUUUGAUCGAUUGAAACGUUUACCCGCAGAUUGAAAUGAAGAGAAUACAUUAUAUGAAACUGUACAGUUCACACAGUACAGUACAUAUUCCGUACAAUUGACCACUAAAUGGUAAAACCCGAAUAAGUUUUCCCACUUGUUUAAGUCGGGGUCCAUGUUAAUCAAUUCAUAGUAAUGUGUGUAAGGUGUGUAAUUUGUUGUGAGUUCAUGCACUGUUUGUUUUGUUCUUUAAACAAGGUGCUGUUCAUGCACGCUUAUUUGAUCUAUCUAUCAUGCAUGCUUAUUUUUCUUUAGUCAGGACAUACAAUCUAUAGUUGUAUUCUCACAUGCUUUGUCUGAAUUAUUUGUAUUAUCAUGACUGUAUUCUGUGUUUUGGUUUUAUUAGUAUCUAAUUAUUCAACACAGUAGUUUCAGUAUACACAAAGUUACUCUUCUUGUUGACUAAUCUGCUGUAUCAGGGCUGUCAAACUUGUUUUCUUGAGGGCCACAUUACAAUUGUGGCUGCCGCAUGUAACAGUGAAUACAUACGAAAUUAAACACCAUAGCCUCAUUUCACAA